AUGAGUAGUCCAAAGCGGAGGAUAGAGACAGAUGUGAUGAAGCUCAUGAUGAGCGACUAUGAGGUGACCUUGGUCAACGACAACAUGCAGGAGUUCUAUGUCAUCUUUAAGGGACCCUCCGAAACACCCUUCGCAGAUGGCAAGUGGAAAGUCCACGUUGAGCUACCCGACCAAUACCCAUACAAAUCGCCUUCGAUCGGCUUUGUCAACAAGAUCUUUCACCCAAACAUCGAUGAGGGGUCCGGUUCAGUAUGCUUGGAUGUCAUCAACCAGACUUGGUCGCCCAUGUUCGACAUGAUCAAUAUAUUCGAAGUCUUCCUCCCCCAGCUUCUUAGAUAUCCGAAUCCGACCGAUCCAUUGAACGGAGAAGCAGCCGCGCUGCUCAUGAGGGAACCGAGAAGCUACGAUGCCAGAGUCAAAGAAUACAUCACUCAGUAUGCGACAAACAUUCACGACGAUGCCGAUCAAGACGAAGGUGAGACCGACGAUGAAUUGAGCGAAGUUGAAGACUUUGAUAGCGACGGCGAAGACGAACCAGCUGGGACAAUGGAGGACGUAUAG